AUGUAUGGUAAAGCUCCCGGUGGGAUUAUUACAGAUCAAGAUCGAGCUAUGCAAAAUGCCAUUGAAAUAGUUUUCCCUAAUACUAGGCAUAGAUGGUGCUUGUGGCAUAUUCUGAAGAAAUUGCCUGAGAAGUUCAGCUACCAUGGUGAAAAAGGGUCAAUACUUCAUGCUAUACAUGAGUUAGUGUAUGAUACACUAAGUUGUAAGGAUUUUAAGGAGGGUUGGAUGAACAUGGUUGAACAUUUCGAAUUGCAAGAUUAUGUUUGGUCGACAGGCAUCUACAAAGAAAGAAGUUGUUGGCUGUUUGUGGAGCAAUACGAGCGGGCGUUGAAGAGCAAAGUUGAGAAGGAAUUUGUAGCCGAUUUUAGAUCGUUCUCACAAAUGGUUCCGUGUGCUAUGAAGUACGAUAUGGAGAAACAAUUCCAAGGAGUGUACAUAAUAACAAAAUUUAGGGAGUUUCAACAAGAAGUUACAGGAAAGGUUUAUUGUGAUGUACUAUCCGCGGAAGAAUUUAACGGAGUGACAAAGUACGAGGUCCAUGAGGAUAUCAUUGUUGAAGAAGGAAAGAAGAAAAAAACUUUUACAGUUUGUUAUCGUGGGGAUAACUGUUGUCAUUUGUUUGAGUUUCGCGGUAUUAUUUGCAAGCAUGCAAUCUCAGUUUUAAUUCGGAAUGAUGUCUCCACGCUCCCUGAGAGGUAUGUUUUGAGGAGAUGGAGGCGGGAUGUUUGUAGACCAUACGUAUGGGUCACGACCAUGUAUGAUGGUUUGGUUAGUACUGCAGAUCAGUUGAGAUAUGAGCAAUUGUGUGUGGCUUUUACCAAGAUGGCAGACAUGGUUGCGAAAAAUGAAGAACAGUCCAAACAUUUGUUGGGGUGGAUUGAAUUCCAAACAAGCGAAUUGGCUAAGUCGAAAUGUAAUAUCAUCGGGGUACAUGGGAAUGAACUAAGCAAUGUGAACGGUCCAAACAUUUUGGACCCAAACUGUACAAAAAGUAAAGGUGCGCCGAAAAAACUUCGCAAAAAAAGUUUCUUGGAAGGGAGUUCAAAGAAAUCGAAGGGUUGUAAAAAGUCCACAGUUUCGAGAACCUAUAAUAGGUUAGAAGUCAACAUCGCAAAGACCGUAGAUGUUGAAGACUUGGAAGUUUGUAACAUAUCAUCUUCUCAGGCACCGCAAACUGUUGGGACACAAGAUAGCGUUGAACUACUCUUCAUCAAGUUCUUUGCCGGGAAUAUUUUGGAAUCUCAGAAUGAAAGCAAUAGUAACGGUAUUAAUUGGGUGAAACUUUUAUCAACAGAUUCAGAAUCAUUUCCAUACUCAUGCCAUCAUAAAGUCUCAUUUGGUUGCAAAGCUGAUCUCACUUUGGCAAUAUUUAUGUCCAGUUUUGGUCAUUCAUAA